UCCAAAAUGGAAGACGAAAUGGGAAGAUCCCAAUAUUCAAUGUUUACUUCAUUGAAAUAUCCAUCUGUAUUGUUUACCUUAUCAUAAAAACGAUGUUAUCUAAUAUAGACUGGAAGUGGCCUACACUAGGUGUGUUCCUGUUUCUAGUCUCUUUUGGUAAUUUUGGUCUGUUAUUGAUUGUGUACUUCAUGUGUAUACUGGUGGGAGGUUUGGUGAUUGCUGUAUAUCAUGGAAGACAACUUUCCAUGCAGACACAGAAAACAGACUUUCCAGAGUUACCAAAACCACAGCUAGGCGUCAUGAAGAUUAUGAAAACCAUGGAAAACAUAACAAAGAUAAAGAACUUUGACAAGAGAAUGACAGGAGCAAGUGUUAUAGAUGAGGUGCUACAAGAGGUAUUGAGACAUGCUUUUAGAGACUAUAUCAAAGCCUGGUAUAGACAAAUUAGUGACCAUGAUGGUUUUUUGUUGGAUAUCAGACAGACUGUACAAAAAGUUGCAAUAACGUUUGCUACAAGAUCAAAAGAAGUGGAUUGGAUGCCGUACUUCACACAACGAUUAGUUGAUGAUUUUGCUUCACAUAUCAAACUAUACAGACGAGCAACAGAUAGAGUCAAUAUGUCUUCUAAGGACGCUGGCUAUGAAGAACAUGUGGUGUCAGAAUUCUUUGACCUUGAACUUGAAAUGGAGAAAAACAUGUGUAGAGAUGUAGUGUGCUUAGAUCCAGAUUCUGAAAGACAGUAUUUGCAAGAUUUAAGUGAAGUUUUACUAUUUUUACUUUUACCACAAGAAGAUUUUCAUAAUAAAUCUUUUCGUUAUAUAUUGAGGGAAGUUUUAGUGAAUGGAAUAUUUUUACCCACAAUAGAUUUAAUGUCCGAUCCAGAUUAUGUCAAUCAAAAUAUAGCUUGGUUUUGUACAGAAAGAACGUUAACGAAUGAAACUUUUUUACAAGUUGCCAAAAGUUCUAUUGAUAUUGAUGAAUUAGAAGCAGUUAAAGAAAUUGUAGAACAAAAUAUACAUAAAUGGAGAUCUAAGGACAGUGGAGGAAUUGAUGAUGCACUAGUUAAACAGAAUUUAAACAGUUUGAUAUUUGUAAAAACUAUAUGUGAAGGAAGAAUAAAAAGAUUGAUUGACGGAGUGGAUGAUAAUAAUGAUAUUUCUGAUAUUUGCAGAGCAAGGAAUAUAUUUGUAUUAAGUUUAGAUGAAAUUAUAGAAAAUAAUAUAGCAUUAGCAGUUUUUAUAGAAUUUAUGACAAGUGUUGGGGGCCAAAUGUAUUUAUUUUUUUAUUUAAAUGUUGAGGGUUUCCGUGCAGCUGCAGAGCAGCAGAUUAGGGCAGCACAACAGAGAGCAAUGGGAGGGGAGGCAACUGAAGCUGAUUUAGAGUCUUUACGAAGAGCAGCGUUAAUUAUUCAUGAUCAGUAUUUAUCUGAAAAGGCUUCAUCUAGAAUUAAAAUAGACAGUGAAAUAGUAAAGAGAACAUUGCAACGAAUUAAGAGUAAAUUUUUAUCAGAAAGUGUGUUUGAUGAAGUUGCAGCUAAAGUGUAUCAAAUAUUACAUACAGAACAGUAUUAUGAGAAAUUUCUACAAAGUAAUGUAUAUAUGAAGUUAAUGGAAGAUUUAGGUCUGGUAAAGGAGGAUAGGUUAGAGGAGGGGGAUAGUAUCAGUAUUGAUGAUGAUAUUUCACUGAAGUCCGGGUCAUCACUUGGCAUUACAAAGUCACUGAAUGAAGAUUUAGCAAAUGAUUCUUCAGAUGAAAUUCCUGCCCCAGCAUUGAAAUCAAACAUGUCUCAAUAUGAUGAUGAAGUGUUCAUCUCUGCCUUUAUCUCACAAACAGGUAUUGUAAAAGAAGCAGAGAAAUCAGGAAAGACGUAUGCUGUGUUUGCUGUCAGAGUUACAAAGAAAGUCAACAGUGAAGACGAUAUUCAGGAAAUAUACCGUAGAUAUAGUGAUUUCCAUGAUCUCAAUAUGUUAGUACAAGAAAAAUUUCCAGAUUUACCUGGGCCAGGUUUGCCUGGUAAAACAGUAUUGAAGAAUAUGAACCAAGAGUUCUUGGAGAAGAGGAGAAAAUCUUUAGAUAAUUAUUUACAGAAUUUACUAAAUCCUCAGCUUUGGGAAGAGAACAAAGGCUUAAAAGAUUUAUUGAUGAAAUUUUUAGCUCAAGGAUUAUGGGAAAAACAUAAGAGUGACCUAGCGAGAAAGAUGGACACAAUAGUAAACCCCCUAAGGACAGCAGGAAGAGCCAUUGCACCAGAACAUAUUGUAGAUGGACUUGGAAGGAAAUUUAGGAGUGAUUCUUUGGGAGACAGGGAGAAAUUGGAAAGUGGAAAAGUUGCAGCAAGUAUAGACCAGGCAGCGGGAGAAAACAUACCUUUAAGAAUUAUGUUAUUGUUGAUGGAUGAAGUCUUUGAUCUUCAACAUAAGAAUCAGUGGUUACGUCGGAGAAUUGUUCCCAUAUUACGUCAGUUGUUAAAAGCCACAUAUGGUGAUACCAUUAACAGGAAAAUUGUGGAGCAUGUCGACUGGAUGACAUCUGCUGAACAAAUGGCAGAAUACAUUAAAAAGUUAAGAGACGCUUUCUGGCCUGACGGUGUCCUGGCAGAGCCAAGAACAGAGAGGGAUCACAAUACUAAAAUGAGGACACGGAUUGUUUGUAAAGCCAAAAUGUUAGGUAGUAUCACUGAUGAAAUGAAGACAUUAAUGGGACAAGAGGCAAUAAAGAAAGGAGUGACUCGUGUGUUUGAUAUGUUUCAGCAUAGGAAUUUAAAUAGAAGACUUGUUUAUGUGUUCUUGGAAGGUGUUAUAAUUACACUUUUUCCACACAACAAAUUUUCAGACCUAUUUUGUAAGUUACAUUCCAGAUCAUCACGAUUAAAAGCUAAAGAAGAAUUGGCAAAAUCUGCCUCAAUGAAAGACUCAGGCGUUCGCAAGAGGACAACAAAACGGUGAUACAGGGCUGUGAUAGUUGUAUUCAUUUGUUGAUAUGAGAUUUAUUUAUUUAUUGCACAUUUUUAUGUAAUGUUUUAAACCAUAUUUCUGUAUCAUAGUUUUGAACUAAUGGUAAUCUUAGAAAUGCAAAAGGAAAACAAAAGAUAUUUGAACUUAUGGUAAUCUUAGAAAUGCAAAAGGAAAGUGAAAGAUGUAUAUGAAAGGUAUAAUUAAAAAUCCUGUUAUGCUUUUUUAAAUAAUUAUUGUAUUUUAGAAUUAGGAGAGUGAUUUUUUUGUUGUUAUGACUAAUUUUAUACAGUCCCAGUGAUUUACAACUUUCAUUGUGUCGUAACUGCAAUCACAAGUCAUAGCUGUAUACAGUGCUAAUUAGCAUUGUUUUGUUGUUCCAUGUCAUUGGGUUGCUGUCUCAUGGAUGAAAACCAAUCAUUCCAUUUAUUAAUAUUGGUAUCAAAAGUUUCAUUUUUUUACACAUCUUUAAUAUUUUUCAACAAAACAUCACAUAAGCUGCAUUCAGUGUCAUGCAUCAGUUGUCAAUAAAAAAGACAUAUAUAGGUUAUAAUUAUUUAUUAUAUUUUAAAAGUAAGAUAUAACCUGGGAUGAAUCUAUAGGUUUCUUCUAUUUGCCAAUUGCAAGGUAGACUUCAUUAUAUAUGAUGUAUGUUGCAAAGUUCAAAACCAUGAUAAAGAAUUACCGGUAGAAUAUUUAUUUUUAGACCAUUUUACAUCAUUUUAUUAAUAAUUGUUUAUCAUCCUAUUUUACCAUGGGGCAGUGUGUUGCAUAUAUUAUAAAACAUCUUUAUUGAUAAACAAUGGUUUGUACUUUUAAUUAAAGCAAGUUAAAUUUUGUGUAAAAUGUUUGUGACAUUAUUCUAUUUUUCUGCACAUUUUAAAUUGUGUAAAAUUUUGUAAAGGGUAUUUCUUUUUUGUUAGGCUUGAAUAUUAACCGUAUGUUAUUAAUUGAUAAACUAUAACUUAUCAAACAAUUACUUGAUUCACACAGGAGGAAAAAUGUGCACUGCCACUGUAAAUUGUUCUUGUGUCUUCUGCAUUCAACAGCACUAUGAACUGUUUUUAGUCCCCUACCGACGAAGUCGAAGGGGACUUUAAGUUUGCACUCCGUCUGUCUGUCUGUCUGUCCGUCUGUAUGUCCUUCUGUCACUCAGGCAAAUCAGCUUUCCACACUUUUUUUCUUCAUGCUUGAAGAUAUUGAUUUGAUAUUUGGUAUAUUGUUUUAUCAUGACAAGUUACAGAUCAAGUUCGAAUUUUGUUCCGGUCUGAUAAUUUAGUCCAGAGUUAUGGACCAUAACUCUGGACCAUAUCUAAUGCUAAGUUAGAGUACUAUGUUAAACCAUAUUUCUGUACAAAGGGAGAUAACUCAUUUUUUAAAAGACAUUCAUUGUUAAAUUAUUUGAAGAAUUUUUUAGCAGGUUUGUUUGUUAUUUAGUAUAAACUAAUUUUCUGAAUGCUAUAUAUAUAUAAAGACAAAUUUAUGAAGAGAAAUCCUUUAAUUAGAUAAUAAUCUAUUUUUAUUAAUGUAUAUAUUUCAAUACAUGACAUUGUGUAGAUAAAUGUUGUUGACAUUUUAUAGAUAAGUUACAAAUCUAUAUUAUUUUGUGACAAAUGAAAGAAAAAAUAUUUGGAACUAUUAAUUAUAUUUGAUUAUAAUUUGAAAAUAGAUAUACACUAUAUUACAUCAUAUCUAAUUUUAGAGAACUAUUAAACAUAUCUAAUGUUUUUUUUUCACUCAUAUAAUCAGUUUUCCACACUGUUUUUAGUCAUGCAUGUAGAUAUUGACAUGAUAUUUACUUUUUGUUUACACCAUGACAAGUUAUAGAACAAGUUAGCAUUUUGUUCCAGUAAAACAAAUUUUUACCCGGUAGGGGACUAUGUAUUGCCAUGCAAUACUCUCAGAAUGCUUGUUAUUUUGAUAGUACAAAUCAGUUGCUAAAUUCUCAUUACAGCAAUAUGAAUUACACACAGUUUUACAAUAAAAUGAAUAUUUAGCUUACUCCUUCUGGUUUAAAGAAAUCAGUUGCGACAGGUGGGUUAUUUUAUUUUUUUUAUUAGAGAUGGUUUUCAAUAUAGAAGUUUUAUAACAGACAAGAGAGACAAGUGAAAUGUUAGCUAUUUAUUCUGUUAUAACUGUUAGUCUAAAUUAUCCAGGACAACAAGGCUAACUAGCAGCGUAUAAAUUAUCCAGGACAACAAGGCUAACUAGCAGCGUAUAAAUUAUCCUGGACAACAAGGCUAACUAGCAGCGUAUAAAUUAUCCUGGACAACAAGGCUAACUAGCAGUGUAUAAAUUAUCCAGGACAACAAGGCUAACUAGCAGCGUAUAAAUUAUCCUGGACAACAAGGCUAACUAGCAGCGUAUAAAUUAUCCAGGACAACAAGGCUAACUAGCAGCGUAUAAAUUAUCCUGGACAACAAGGCUAACUAGCAGCGUAUAAAUUAUCCUGGACAACAAGGCUAACUAGCAGUGUAUAAAUUAUCCAGGACAACAAGGCUAACUAGCAGCGUAUAAAUUAUCCAGGACAACAAGGCUAACUAGCAGCGUAUAAAUUAUCCAGGACAACAAGGCUUACUAGCAGCGUAUAAAUUAUCCAGGACAACAAGGCUAACUAGCAGCGUAUAAAUUAUCCAGGACAACAAGGCUUACUAGCAGCGUAUAAAUUAUCCUGGACAACAAGGCUAACUAGCAGCGUAUAAAUUAUCCUGGACAACAAGGCUAACUAGCAGCGUAUAAAUUAUCCAGGACAACAAGGCUAACUAGCAGCGUAUAAAUUAUCCUGGACAACAAGGCUAACUAGCAGCGUAUAAAUUAUCCUGGACAACAAGGCUAACUAGCAGUGUAUAAAUUAUCCAGGACAACAAGGCUAACUAGCAGCGUAUAAAUUAUCCAGGACAACAAGGCUAACUAGCAGCGUAUAAAUUAUCCAGGACAACAAGGCUAACUAGCAGCGUAUAAAUUAUCCAGGACAACAAGGCUAACUAGCAGUGUAUAAAUUAUCCAGGACAACAAGGCUAACUAGCAGUGUAUAAAUUAUCCAGGACAACAAGGCUUACUAGCAGCGUAUAAAUUAUCCAGGACAACAAGGCUAACUAGCAGCGUAUAAAUUAUCCAGGACAACAAGGCUAACUAGCAGCGUAUAAAUUAUCCAGGACAACAAGGCUAACUAGCAGCGUAUAAAUUAUCCAGGACAACAAGGCUAACUAGCAGCGUAUAAAUUAUCUAGGACAACAAGGCUAACUAGCAGCGUAUAAAUUAUCCAGGACAACAAGGCUAACUAGCAGCGUAUAAAUUAUCUAGGACAACAAGGCUAACUAGCAGCGUAUAAAUUAUCCAGGACAACAAGGCUAACUAGCAGCGUAUAAAUUAUCUAGGACAACAAGGCUAACUAGCAGCGUAUAAAUUAUCCAGGACAACAAGGCUAACUAGCAGCGUAUAAAUUAUCCAGGACAACAAGGCUAACUAGCAGCGUAUAAAUUAUCCAGGACAACAAGGCUAACUAGCAGCGUAUAAAUUAUCCAGGACAACAAGGCUAGCUAGCAGCGUAUAAAUUAUCCAGGACAACAAGGCUAACUAGCAGCGUAUAAAUUAUCCAGGACAACAAGGCUAACUAGCAGCGUAUAAAUUAUCCAGGACAACAAGGCUAACUAGCAGCGUAGUUCCAGUUGAGUACUUUAUAGUACCAUAAAGCACUUUGAUUUGUAUUGUUGGAUUAUGACAUUAAUUUUAUGAAAAUGUAAAGCAGUUAUAACAACAACACUUUAGGGAUUGCUGCAGUAAUCUAAUGAAGGUAUGCAUAAAUGAUGUCACAAUGUAACCGAUGUGAGUAUAAGGCAGGUUCUGGAAUAGAUAUAUGUUAUUUCCCUAGGCAUCGAAACAUGUAGAUCUCAUUAAAUUACUGCAGCAAUCCCUAAAGUGUUGUUGUUAUAACUGCUUUACAUUUUAUGUUUUUAUCAUAACAACCCUGCAUACCCAAGGUAUCCAUUUUAGGUAUUCUAUCGUACUAUAGAUUUACCAGGUGUUGGUUCACUGUCGUUUGUAAUUAGUAAAUUUUAUGAGUAGAACCUGAUGCAUUUUUUUGAAGUAUUUGGAAAUGAAAAGAUAUGUAUUAUAUUACUUUAGUGUUAACACUGUAAGUGUGAAUUUUGAUUUGUCAGUAAAUAGUUCCUUUAGUGAAGCUGUGUUUUGGAGGUUCAUUGUUAUCAUCAAUCUCGAAACUUUUUCAAAUAUCUUCUUCGCCAUCACUGGGCCAGUUUAGGGUGUCCUAUUUCAAAUUUUGAACAGUUAAAAAUUUCAUUUAAGUUUCAGUUUUUAUCUUUCUUUACAGAUAUUGAGUCAAAAUGUAAUCGAUAAUUGGAGAAUGAUAAGUUAGAAAUCACAUUAUAGUUUGAUGUUUUGAUUACAUUAUAGUUUGAUGAUUUGGUUACCAUUUUUGACCAAAUUUUGCCCAUUAACCUAAGAAAAUAUCAUGAAGAUAAAAGUCAUAUUCUUCAUUCUCAUUCAUCCUAUUCUGUCGUACAAUUUGAGCUCUUUUUAAGGUCUCAACAGUAUCUCUUUCAUAGGAAUCAGAGUGAAUUCACACAUACUCAGCAGGCAUCAUUAAGUAAUUCAGUAUUAACAUUAUUGUACAAAUAUUCAACUCAUACAUUUGAAAAGAGUAUUUCUACAUUUUAUCUUAUAUGGGUACUAAGUUAGUUGAGUACGAUUUUUUUUUUACAUUGCAACCAUGUUUCAAACUUGUAAAGGAUUUGGUCCAGAACAGACAUUAUAUUGUUAUUACUGUUUAAAUGAUACUAGACUGUUGAUGGAUGUUUAGAAAAAACUUUAUGAUUGCUAUCUAAUUUGUACUGAAAUUCUGAAUAGCUGCAUUUUUACAAACAGAGUCGUUUUUCAAAAGAAAACAAAUAAUAUUUCAAAAUUAUGGAAAAGCAUAGUUAGGUCUGACCAGUUGAUUUGAAAAGCAUAGUUAGGUCUGACCAGUUGAUUUCCAGAAAAAAGCAUUUAAAGUAUUGGGAAUUUUUUGGUAGGAAAUAUAGUAGAAAGACAAAAAAUUGGAAAAAAAUUAUCAGAUGUAGGAUUUAAAAAAAAUGAUUUGAAAUAAAGGGAAUCCUGGGCAGUUAUUAUGGUCCCAUCACAAAGUGGUCGUGGCCAUAUAGUUUUACCAUUAUCGAUCAUUCCGCAACCAACAGUUAUACAGUCUUUUUUUUCUACUUAUUGAGCUGAUUUUAAGUAUGUAAGUUCACUACAAUAAGUUACAGACCAAGUUUAUGUUUGGUUUCCACUCUGCUGAUUUUUGCCGAAAUUAUGGGCUUUGGACUUUGCAAAAUUUUGUGAAAAUAAGAGUUAUACAGACUUUUUUUCUAAAUGCCUUCACAUAAUGACCUGAUUUUUAGUAUGUAAGUCUACUUUAAUGAGUUACAGAUUGAGUUUACCUCUUGUUCCUCUUCACUGGUUUGUGCUGAAAUAACGGGCUUUGGACUUUGAAAAUAACAGUUAUACAGACUUUCAUUCUCAAAUUUCCACUCCUAAAAAUGGCUUCAAGCUUUUUUUGCGAGCAGGGCCCUGCUGCAUUUUUUUUUAUACGACCGCAUUAUGCUAUUAGUAUUAUGCUAUGGCGAUGUCUGCGUCGUUGUCUGAAGACUUUUGUUCACAGACAAUAACUUGAUUAUAAGUGUAUGGAUCUCUAAGAAAUUUUAGCACAAGGUUCCAUACCACAAUAGGACAGUUGGGAUUGAUUUUGGGGGUUACUGUCGUAGCGGUUUAGUAAUUAUUUAGUAUUUGGAAAAUAAAAUUAAUUUUGAUUGUAUCAGUAAAUGGUUCCAUAAGUGAAGAUGUAUUUUGCAGGUUCUGGAAUAGAUGUAUGUUAUUUCCAAAUGUCUCAGAUUUCUUCAUUACUUAUGUCUGGUUUUUACAUGUUAAAAGGGUUAACCAUUGUUGUCUUUUUUUUUAUUCUUGUGAUAAUCAUUAGAAACUUUGUUUUCCAUAUAACAAUGCAAUCACUGCUAUUUUGAAAGGAUAUGUCUGCAAUUUAUAGAAAGCAAACUAGUCAACCCAAUGUAAAAUAGACAUGCUUACUCACCACAGUUUUAAUCAAACUAGUCACCCCAAGGUAAAAAUGACAUGCUUACUCACCACAGUUUUACUCAAAUUUGUCACAAGAAAAGCUAUUUUUAUUUCUCUUUUUACAGUUUUAAUUGACACUUAUAUCUAAACUACAUGCACACGAUGUUUGAUUUCACUCUUUUUUUACCUAUUACAUAUUUUAUAUUGUUUUAUAUUGAAGAAACAUAACAUUGAAGUAGAACUCAUGAUACAAAAAUGCUCAACUUAUUUUAAAAAAUUUAAACCAGAUGGUUUCUAUUGAAAUUACAGUUUUGAUCAGAUAAAGAGUGGUGCUCAGCUUUGAUUGGCUAUAUCUUGAUCAGUACAUAUGAUAUAUCAAAUGAAAUCCAAUCAGUUUUGGAAAUAUCCCAAGAGAGAAUGGCUUUCACUUAAAAGAAAACUCUAAUGAAUUUAUAAAAUCUUUAUAGAUAACCUUUAUUUACCAAUUUGUAAAAAAGACCAGUAGAUUGAUUCUCUGAAGAUGAAUUCCUUUGGAGUUUUAUUUAUAUAUGUUUGUUUACUGAAUCAGAAGAUGAGAGUGAUCUAAAAUUUCUGUAUUUAUAAUCAAUGUUGGAAAAUCACAUGACAUGUGCAAUACAGUGUAUUAUUGUCAGAUUUUGAAGUAAAACUAUGUGUUAUAUUUUGUAAAUGAACCAGUAAACAUGACUGUGUAUAGCCAGAAUGAAUUAUGUACAACAUUUAAUAGCCAAAAAAAAAGUGUAUCUUGCCAAUUCUCUUUCAUCACUCAAAUUGAUAGAAUUUAUUUAAAAAAAGUUUAAUUGAUUGUAGAAUGUGACAUUUUUAUCUGGCUAUAUGUAGCAAUGUACUAGUUCAGUCAGUUGGCAUUCCGUCUUGUUGGAUUAUGAAUUGUAGAAUGUGACAUUUUUGUUAGGCAAUAUGCAGUCAUGUACUAGGUCAGUCAAUUGGCAUUCCGUCUUGUUAAAUUAUAUGUUGACAAAUAAAAUUAAAUUGUCAAAUGUU